CCUGGCACUACUGGGGGCUGAACCUGGCUGGGAACCUGCGCUCUAAUCCUGCUCUUGUCUCCGCAGGGAGCAGGGAUGGGCAGGGACAGAUACUCCAGCGCUUCCCGGAGAAGGACUGGGAGGACAACCCCUUUCCCCAGGGCAUCGAGCUGUUCUGUCAGCCCAGUGGUUGGCAGCUCUUCACAGAGAGGAACCCCCCGACCUUCUUCGUGGCCGUGCUGACGGACAUCAACUCGGAGCGGCACUACUGCGCCUGCUUCACCUUCUGGGAGCCCAUCGAGAGCACCCAGGUACUGCGGGCGGGAAGGGACGGGGGCAGUGAGGAAGAGCCAUCGUCUCCUGUUCAACCUGCGCAGCUCUUUGCUCCCAAAAGCUUGGUGCUGGUGUCACGGCUGGACCAUGCGGAGGUCUUCAGGAACAGCCUGGGGUUGAUCUACACCAUCUACGUGGAUGGACUGAGCGUGUCCCUGGAGAACGUCAUUGGGAACCUCCUGACCUGCACCAUCCCCAUCACCGGCGGAGCUCAGUGCAACAACCUGACGUGGAGGACGAAGCAGCGGUACGCACACCUUUUCCUUCCUGGGGCCUGUCUCCUCCUUAACAACCUCUGCAUCACCAACGUGCUGUACCUGUUCUGCGCCGCGCUGACCGAGCACAAGAUCCUGUUUCUGUCCAGCAGUUACCAGCGGCUGACGGACGCCUGCCGGGCCCUGCUCGCACUCAUGUUCCCCCUCAAGUACAGCUUCACGUAUGUGCCCAUCCUGCCCGCGCAGCUCCUGGAGGUGCUGAGCACACCAACACCCUUCAUUAUUGGCGUGCACUCCAUCUUCCAGUCGGAGACGCAGGAACUGCUGGAUGUUGUCAUUGCAGACCUGGAUGGUGGGACAGUGAAUGUCCCUGAGUGUGUGCACAUCUCCCUGCUCCCUGAGCCCCUGCUCCAGCAGACCCGGGAAGCCCUCUCCAUGGUCCUGGACCCAGAGCUGGAGGUGGCAGAUCUCGCAUUCCCCCCUUCAACAAUUUCUGUCUCUUCUCUCAAAAUGCAGGACAAGGAGAUCCGUGCUGUUUUCCUCCGCCUCUUUGCGCAGCUGCUGCAGGGCUACCGCUGGUGCCUGCACAUCAUCCGCAUCCAUCCCGAGCCCGUCAUCAGGUUCCAUAAGGCAGCAUUCCUUGGGCAGAGGGGGCUGACGGAGGAUGACUUCCUGACCAAGGUGCUGGAGGGAAUGGCCUUCGCCGGCUUCGUCACGGAGCGCGGGGCCCCGUACCGCUCCAUCGACCUCUUCGAUGAGCUCGUGGCUUACGAAGUGAAGCGCAUGCGUGCAGAGGAGGGGAACAAGCAGAAGAUCCUGAGGCACAUCAAGGAGCUGGCAGAGAAGCUUUACAAGAACGAGAACCCGUACCCCGCGGUGACCAUGCACAAGGUGCAGAAGCCCACGGAGGGCUGUCACCUGCGCCUGCACCAGAAGCCUUUUCCCCGUCUGGAUGAGGGGACAGUGCAGUGGAUCAUUGACCAGGCCACUGCCAAGCUGCAGACAGCUCCUCCUGCUGUGAAGGCAGAGAAGAAAUGCAUGGUGCCAUCGGGACCCCCCAUCGCUGCCAUCAUGGAGCGCAAUGGCAAUGCCCUGGCCAACAGCGCCCGUCGCCUGGAGGUGGUCAGGAACUGCAUCUCCUACGUCUUUGAGAACAAGAUGUUGGAAGCCAAAAAGCUCUUCCCAGCGGUGCUGCGUGCCAUGAAGGGCCGAGCAGCCCGACACUGCCUGACCCAGGAGCUGAACCUGCACGUGCAGCAGAACCGGGCAGUGCUGGACCACCAGCAGUUUGACUUCAUCAUCCGCAUGAUGAACUGCUGCCUGCAGGACUGCACUGCCAUGGAUGAACAUGGGAUUGCAGCCGCUCUCCUGCCGCUGGUCACUGCUUUCUGCCGAAAGCUGAGCCCAGGCAUCACGCAGUUCGCCUACAGCUGCGUGCAGGAGCACGUGGUGUGGACCAACAUCCAGUUCUGGGAGGCCAUGUUCUACUGCGACGUGCAGAACCACAUCCGAGCCUUGUACCUGGACAACAGUGAGGAGAACCACACAGAUGAGAGCCCGGAGGAGCCACAGGAAGCCAAGUCUGCCCUGGAGAUAGCAUCAGAGCAGCUGCGGCUCUGGCCCACCAUGAGCAGAGAGAAGCAGCAGGAGCUGAUCCAGAAGGAGGAGAGCACUGUCUUUAGCCAGGCCAUCCACUACGCCAACCGCAUGAGCUACCUGCUGCUGCCCCUGGACACCAGCAAGAACCGCCUGCUCCGCAGCUCCGGCCUGGGUGACGUGGAGAGUGUCAGCAACAGCUUUGUCACCAACAGCAUCGCUGGCAGUGUGGCUGAGAGCUAUGACACAGAAAGUGGCUUUGAGGAUGCAGAGAGUUCGGAUGUGGCCAACUACGUGGUGAGGUUCAUCAACCGCUUCGUGGACAAAGUCUGCACCGAGAGUGGAGUCACCAAUGAGCACCUCAAGGGGCUGCACGUCAUGAUCCCUGAUAUCGUGCAGAUGCACAUAGAGACACUGGAUGCUGUACACAGGGAGAGCAAGAGGCUUCCUCCCAUCCAGAAGCCGAAGCUGCUGCGCCCCAACCUGCUGGUGGGAGAGGAGUGUGUGAUGGAGGGGCUCCGCGUGUACCUCAUGCCUGAUGGGCGGGAGGAAGCUGCUGGAGGGAAUGUUGGUGGCCCACCUCUGCUCCCUGCAGAAGGAGCCAUCUUCCUCACCACGUACCGCAUCAUCUUCAAAGGCACCCCCACCGACCCCCUGGUGGGGGAGCAGGUGGUGAUCAGGUCCUUCCCCAUUGCCUCGCUGACCAAAGAGAAGAAGAUCAAUGUACAGGCCCAGGUGGAUCAGUUCAUCCAGGAGGGUUUGCAGCUGCGCUCAUGCACAUUCCAGCUGCUGAAGAUCGCCUUCGACGAGGAGGUGGCCUCAGACAGCGCCGAGAUCUUCCGGAAGCACCUGCACAAGCUGCGCUACCCCCAGCACGUGCGCGGCACCUUCGCCUUCACUGUGGGCCAGUCGCCCAAGCAGGCCAUGCAGCCCAAGGCCAAGGAGAAGAACCCCUCGCUCAGGACACUCUCCAAAAACCUGGUGAAAAACGCCAAGAAGACCAUCGGGCGGCAGUACGUGACACGGAAGAAGUACACCCCCCCCAUGUGGGAGCAGAGGGGCAGCCAGCACUUCCCCGAGGACAACGAGGAUGAGAUCUCAGUGUCUGAAGAGAUGGACAGAAGCACUUUGACCCCCACCACUACCAUGAAACCUUCAGACAAGAUGACCAUCAACCACCUGGUGGAGCGGGCCUGCUGCCGGGACUACCAGCGCCUGGGGCUGGGCCCCUCGCAGGCAGACUCCACCAGCCUGGAGCAGGAGAAGUACCUGCAGGCUGUCAUUAACUCCAUGCCACACUACGCCGACGCCAGCGGGCGCAACACACUCAGCGGCUUCACCUCGGCGCACAUGAGCAAUCACUCCGACAAGAGGCAGCCUAAGCUGGGAUCGCUCAUGAAGCAGGUGAUGGGAGGGAAGGACGAUGGGCCUGGUUCUAUUAGCCGUGGAG